AUGGCUGCUGUGGCGGUGGUGAUGUGUUGUAUGGCUGUGGUGGAAGCUUAUGUUUACACCGUCGGUGAGAGCUAUGGCUGGGUUGUUGGUCCCAAUUACACUGCCUGGGGUUUUUCCAAGUCCUUUAAAGUUGGUGAUUACCUUGUGUUUGAUUAUUCGAGCGAGUAUUCAGUGGAUGAAGUAUUUGAAAAUGACUACAAUACUUGUAAUGUGGAUCAUCCAAUCUCCUCCGACAAGAGUGGCUCCACCGCCUUCAAUCUUGUCGCUCCUGGCCCUCGCUACUUCAUCUGCGGCGUCUCCGACCUAUGUAAAAAAGGAAUGAAGCUCGUCGCCAAUGUCACCACUUAA